GUUGGCUAGCCUGGACGGAAUAAAUACGUAAAUACAAUAUGGCUGGUUGAAGUGAAACGUCGUCAGAGUUUUUCUGUUCGAUAUUUCAUGCUUCACUGAGUUAAAACUCUCUAUUUUCAUAAUCAGAACGCGUUUGCAACGUGUGACAAUAGUACAUUAACAAUUUUGUGCUGAAAAUUGUCAAAAACUUUAACCUAGUUUAGCAGGAAGUUGGUUGGGCAGUCGGUUUGAAGAAAUGUUGUUUUUAUUUUUUAUACCCCAGUUGACAUUCGUCGGAGUUCACAUAAUAUACCAAUCAAAAAUGUAACCAUUGUUAUGUUAAUGUUUAAAAACUCGUGGAAUCUUGCCAAAUCAACCAUGUGCACACGUGUAGUUUUAUCGUGGCAAUGAGGUAGGGCAUUACUUGUAUGACAAUGGAGAUGGAUCUGGAUGGCACGAAGUGCGAGGGAGGCGGAGAAAGCAGCCCUGGAUGUUCUGGUUACUCCAGUAUGGUUCACAGCAAAAAAGUUAUCAAACACGCGCUCCGCCAGCAGGCCAAGAGGAGGAGAAAAAACACUACGAUAGCUGCUGGCAACUCUCGCACCCUUCCAAGAAUUGUUGUAAAGCCUCUUCCGCCACCUCCUCCGGACGAUGUUCCCUUGAAUGUUGCUAAUGUCCCACGAACUCCCACAACAGAGGAACCAGCAGCUACAAUGAGGGAAGUGUUGGCAAGUCUACCUGGUUUUAGUUUGAAGUCUAGUCGUAGAAGAUCGACGAAAAGGCUAUCAGCUGCUGCUCAGUUAGAAGCUGGGUUAGUAGAUCUGGAAUCACCAGCCAGCAUUUUGGCCAGCACCAGUCUUAGGGCUUUACUUAAUCGGUACACCUUCCAGGGACUUCCUCCUCUUUAUCAAAGGAAGCUCGCUCAGCUUUUACCAGCUGUUGAUAGACAGGAUGCUGCAACAUCUGGAUUGAACAAUGAGUUCUUUGCACGUGCCUGCCUUGAGUGGAAAAAACGUCUGGCUGAGGGUGAAUUCACCCCAGAAAAUCAACAGAGACUGAAAAUGGAAGCCGAGAGAGAUAAGAAUAAGUUAGAUCCUUGGAAGCUUAAGCAUUUUGAGCCAAUAUGGGGCGAGAAACGGGAGCCUAAAUUAAGAUCCGGACUGCACUGUGCACUGGAACCAAGGCCGAUUGGAGCAGUCACGCGUUCAAGUUUGCGACUACGCUCAGAAUCUAUACAUGAUCAAUCAGCAACUGACCUUAUACCUUGUUCAGCAGCAGUUACAGAAGAAAAAGUGGCGAUAGCAAGUUAUGUUUCUAAAAGUCAUAUAAUUGCAUCAAGCUUGGCAACGAAGAGUCAAGCAAUGUCCCUUAAAUCGGUGCAGGAAUGUGACAGUGACAAGAAUAAGGUCCCGAGUAUUAGUUGCAAAGAAGUACUAACACAUCAAAAACUAACUUCAUCCAAUGUCAUUAUCAAGUCUGACCCUGAACCACUCACAGAAGAAACACCUGUCAUUGUCACUGAUGAAGAGACCAUGAAGUCAUCAGAUCUCUGUAUAUCUGAAGCUCCAAGAGAGUUGAUGUUAGAAAUACCCAAUGGAGUAGCUGCUGAAGUUAUUGAUGAAGAAAUACACAAGUCUGAGGAACUAGUUUCCGAUGUACCCGAUGAAGAGAUCUCCCGUCAAUCGGAUAAUCAUGAUUCAGAGAUGUAUAAAAUUGAAAGUAAUAUAACAACAGAGAAUUUGUCAUCCUGUGAUGGUGCCCCUCUGUCAGAACCAAUAUCAGAGAACCAGUCUAUAAUCAAUAGUCAACCAGAAGUAGAAGAAUCAGCAACAACUACAACUGUAGAUGGUGAACCACAGAUUCCAGAAGAGAUGGAGAUAGAUAGUGAAACAUUACAACGCAUACACGAAUUAGAGGUACGUGGUGAAAUGAAAGAAGCUUAUGAAGAGAUAUCAGGAUGCCCAGAAAAUAUUUAUCCCAUUCUGGCCGACAUAGAAAUUGGUUCAAGUACAGGAGGAGAGGAUGACAAUCCUGCGGUACCUGUACAAGGGCCAGUCAAUGCAGCCUCGUGUGAGAUGACCACUGGAAAUGAGGAAGAUGCUUUCAUUGAUGCCAAUAAUUAUGUUCUCGAAUCGCGAGAGAUUAGUACCGGGAUGCUCGAAUGCAACUGGACUGUUGAUCCCACAGUAAAUAACGUUGGAGUAACCACUACACAUGAGGAGCUCCAAGUACCCUGGCCCCUAGUAACGGCAGCUUUAGAUGGUUCUGUUGCCGCAAACAUAACUGUGACGACACAGGAUGACUGCAAUGAUUCAUCGACAUCCAACGAAAUUGAGAGCAUUCCCCAACAAAGUAACACAAAGACUAGUAUUGCAGAAGUGAUGAACUCUGUGCAAAUUCCCGUUGACCAAAGCCCUUCCUAUGAAAGAGCUGACACAGUGACUGUUGGUACCCCUGUGACAACCUGCCUACUGAACAACAUUCAGUCGAAUAGCCCACCGAUAAUAGCAUUUCCUCCACUACAGUCAAUCAGAUUUGUACAAACAAAUUUUCAUACGGGGCAAACAAACUCAAACUCUGUCCCAAUACAGAUUCAAAAUCAGCCCAAUCCGUCCUCCCAGCUCGGCGUAGUCAGUACUCAAGAAGAGACCAUUGUUCAAAUAUCGUCGGCAAAUGUGGUUGGACAAACGAAUGUUGCAAAUAGCAAUGUGCUUCCACGUAACCAGGCACAGAGCAACCCUAUAUGUGUUCCGUCCCCGAAUCAAGGUCGAGGGCAAAGCACAAUUGUUGUCCAGCAACAGACUCCAAUUGUUGCGCAACCUCGACAGAUUGUAACUGCUACUGUCCAGCAACAAUAUCCCACAAACGUCGUCACUGCUCCUUCGCGAUUGGCUCGUUCUACCAGCCAAGGUGGCCAAAGAGGUUCACGGAGUGGUAAUAAGGAACAAGGCGGGGGAAGGUCUCGGAGUUCCACAAAAGAACCCCCUGGAGCUGUAAAUUUGGAACGAAGCUACCAGAUCUGUCAGGCGGUGAUCCAAAGCUCGCCGAAUAGGGAUCAACUCAAGGCUCAUCUGAAACCACCCCCAAGUUUAUUAGCCCGUGCUGAUGGAGCUUUUACUACUAGCAAGCCUGGAGGACGUUCGCUAACCAGUGUCAAAACCCAGAAGACUCAGCAAGCUGUGCAGCAUGUAAAACAUACGCAGAAUAAGGGUCAAGCAGUGAUGCUUAGACAUGUAUUUGCUACCACACGGCAAGCCAUACCUGCGGAGGUGACUGAAAGUGGGGCAGUGGCUCAGCUGGGUCCUAAUGGAACAAAUGGUCUGGGUCAAUACAUCUUAGUACAAAGAACUGGAGUCGGAGACAGUGCACCUCGGGCUUCAUCGGCACCACCGCUUCCCCCUCAAAUAGCUGGAAUGGGAGUGGGACUUCAUCUGGUCAGAGGACGGCCAGCGAGUGCUGGGGAGGGUUCUCAUCAAGCUGUAACUCUCAAGGCAAGAGGUGCUUCAGAUGGGAGAGGUGGUGGUGGCGCUGAGCCUGGUGCUCCUGGUGUUAUUAUGGGUGGUGAUCCUCCACCACCGUGUGAAUGCAACAUGAGAGGUGCUAUGGUCAUAUGUCGACAAUGUGGAGCCUUCUGCCAUGAUGACUGUAUUGGCCCUCAACGAAUUUGCGCCACCUGUCUCAUACGUUGAUCAGUGGUUAGUCAUAGAUCAAGUAGCCAGAUAAAUGAAACCCAUAGAUCAAGCUACAGAAGGAUACUGUUGGUAAGCAUGAGAAGGCUGAGCGGCUGUUGGGCUUGACAUAGUUUUCAUAUCUUUGUCGGAAAUAGGUUUCAAUUAUCGUUUCUUUGCUGCUAGCUCAUUUAUUGGUGAGACUGGUGGUACUGUUGUGAAAAAACUUUCCUUAAUAUGAGACUUUUGGAAAUUUUUUCACCACGGCCAGUACCUGUUUAUUAUCUAGCCGGUCACCGUCAAAUGAAUAUUCUUAUAAGUAGAUGAACAUGGGUGUAGUGGGGACGUUGUUAUGUUUAUUGAAUUGAUAUGUACUUGACAUUCAAAAAUCGUGACAUUCUACCUUGCUUUGUAAAACCCUCCCAUGACCAUCACUCUAAGGCUGGUGAGUGAUGAAACACAGUAUAAAUAAGAAAAAUAACGCGUAGAGCGUAAACAAUCAAAGCAACUUGCCAUCAUCCGUGUUAUCUCGUGUAUUUUAUUUCGAUACUUUUAAUGCUGCGUACAAUCAGAGGCAUAUCCAAGCCUAGUGAUUUGUUAAGUCCCCAUUACUUUCAUUGUUGAGUAAGGGCUAAAAUACCAUUGCAGUUUGACACCGUUAUUGUCUUCCACUGACAUCACACGUAAUCGUUCGUGAUAUCGCUAUUUAUUUAUUCCCACAGUUUUCAAUUCAUCACCCACGAUAUUGCAAAGGAAAUUCUUAUUGAAAAAAAAUGCGAUGAGAUGCAGCAACAGAUUUGCGUAAAACAUAUAGUGAAAGAAGAAUUAAUGACCUUGAAUUAUGUAUUUCGAUACGGUUUAACGUUUUGGAAUCAUCCUGCCGCAUCUCCUCACACGCGAUGUAUUUAGGAAACUCGUUCGUCUAAGGCAUGUGUUAUUGAGUCAUUAACGAGUGACCUAUUUAGCAGUAGCGACAUAUUAAUUAUCAUUAGAGGUAAGAUUUUCAUGUAGAUUAGCUGUGAUCCAAUGCUUAUUGUUAGAUAAAUCUGCGACGGAUGUUCGUUAUAUCGAAUCAACGAACUGGACUGAUCCCGAAAAGCGACGGAACCGACGGUGCGCAAAAAAGGCGUGACUGGUUUUACGUCGAAUUCUCACAUUGUACAUAAAACAUGUUUGUUCAUUUUUUUUUACAUAUUUUCAUUAUCUCAUUACGCCAUUAGGUUUGCAGAGCACGAGACUUUACAUUUUAGCGUAUCAGGGAAAAUACAAGACGCGACUCAUCCAUACUAGAUUGUAAUACAUAAUUGUUUAUUUUUUAUCAUCUUACAAUGAUAAUAUUAUUGUUGUGAUUGCAUAGCACCUACUGUGUACUCCGCUCAAAUGUAAAUAAAUUCAUAUUCGUUUAAAACUUUAAAGAAUGGUCGGAUAUAAUUAACGAAAAUUUUCAACUUCUUUUCACUCGCGGUAUUUGCGGUAGAUAAUUGCAGUCCUUGUGAAGACAAUUAUAAUCAGAUUGAAGCCUUGUCUUUCUUCAAUCAUUGAACCGAAUCCAUCCUCUCACUAAUAAUAUUUCAAAAGUUUGAAAAAAAUAUAAGUUGCAACAUCAGUAAAGAAGGAAAUAAAAAGAC